AUGACUCAUCCGUCCGACAAUGUCCUUGGGGCUGCACUCAGAGCUGCAGCAAUGACGCUCAUUCUGUCUCUACAAGCAAUGCCAGAGCUGCGGGGGGUGCACAUUGCAAUCAUCGGUGGCUUAGCGGUCCAGCACUAUGUGGGAGACCGCCGGCGAACCUCGGAUGUGGAUGUUCUGCUUUUCAGCCCUGAUCAUUCUAUUGACACCCGAAGGAUCCGCAAGGAGCUGGUCUCUGGAUUCUCCCAUCUCUUUAUGGAGUGUGCCGACCCUAUGUUCUUCAAGUACAGGCAUGGGGACUUGACGCACUUGGUGCAGGUUGACCUCAUUCCUCAAUAUCUGGUACGUCUUGGUGCCGCGGUCAGAUAG